AUGAAAAUGAGGUCAGGGAAGGUCGUUCCACUCGGCAGCAUAAAUCAAGGAGGAAAGGAGAAUGGAUGUGAGAGACAGUCCCCGGAGACCGCCCCGAGAGAGGCUGAGCGAGGGAAGCGGGAGGGGGAAAAGUUCUGCGGAGAAUGGGCGAGAAGCGGGCCCAGGCGCUCGCCCUCCCCGCGCUUCCCGCCCCGGAGGGUCCCUUCUCUGGAGCUGCGGCGCCGGGACUCAGGCGAGAUCGCGCCUUUAAUACCCUCCGCUUCCCGGGUCUCGCUGACACUCACUAUCGCGAUCCUCCCGCCCCUCCGGCUCUCCGCUUUCCACCAGCCGCCGGGGGAGAGUGGUGCUCCAGGAAGGUGUUUCCCUGCGCGCCGUCCUGGGACCCCCAACCCAGAAUCUCCGGGGGCUCAGGCUGUCCUGGGCCGGAAUGGAGUCACAAGUUCCAGGCGACCUGCCUCUCAGAGAAAGGGGGACCAGUGUGGAGCAGCCCGCCAGCGGGGCGAGGACGCCUGGGCAGAGUCCGCCACGCCCGAGCAAACGUGGGCGCCGUUCCCCGUCCUGUGCUGCCCCCUCGUGGGCUAG